AGGAUAAAACUUCUGUCUUUUAUAAAGAGCAAUGACUUUGGUAUCACACGCUACGUGUUGUGCAUAAAUCGACAUUUGUUUGAAGGACAUAGUGUAUGAUGUACGAGAAGUUAACAAUGCUGAAUUUGCAAAGUAGUUCGAACUGGAACAUGCCCAGUGACUGGUACCAUCAGCAGAACACCACUGCCUCCCAUCACAGCACAGUGUCUGAUGGCUGCAUGGUGGACACAAACACAGGGAUGGGGACAGGAGGAGGAAGAGUGCAGAUGGACAGGGACGAGGGUGAAGAAUCCCAACUGAGGCUGCAGCUAAAGAGAAAACUGCAGAGGAACAGGACCAGCUUUACUCAAGAGCAGAUUGAAGCGCUGGAGAAAGAAUUUGAGCGGACACACUACCCUGACGUCUUUGCACGAGAACGCCUAGCAAAUAAAAUAGACCUCCCAGAAGCACGGAUCCAAGUGUGGUUUUCCAACCGAAGAGCCAAAUGGAGGCGGGAAGAGAAGCUGCGCAACCAGAAGAAAUCUGGGAGUGGAACUUCAUGCACCCAAACACUUACUCCACUUAGCACUUCCUUUAAUUCAGCCCUCUAUCAGCAGCACAGCAACACUGCAGGUUCCAUGAUUACUCAAAGUGAGACAUCUCUUCCUAGCUACAGUUCCCUCUCUGUUUAUUCUGGAGUACAGGCUGCCCCAUCAUAUCCUUGCAUGCUGCCCCCUUCCCCUUCUGCCCCACAAUCCUUUGAGCCGUCUUCUUACCCCUCCCCUCACCUCCCAGGCCCGCCUACCGGAAACAGCAGCGCAGGUCUGAUCACACCUGGCAUUUCAGUACCGGUCCAGGUCCCAAUAAAUGAGCAGAACAUGGGCCAGAACUUGGGCCAGUACUGGGCCCGACUGCAGUGAAGAAAAAAGCAAUUCAUGAGCAUAUAAAGAAGUGAUGGAGUCUGAAACAAAAGCUUGAAGAGAA